GUGAGUUUAGCGUUUAGCCAAACAAGAAAAAGAAGGACUCAAAACGAAAUUGAACAUCAACCAUCAACUCCGAUCAGUGAUCAGACUAGACUGAUCAGUCACUGUUAGAUCGUGGACGCGGGAACAUCAUCAGCUUUUGUGAAAAAUUCCCAAUACAAGUUUUGCCGUGGUCCGUGGUCGCAAAUUAAUAAGAAUAUUUCGUCUGUACGAAACGUAGCAUAUGCAAAUCUGUGCGACUUUAAAAGUAGCUAUUAUGUCAAAGUUGGUUCUAUCUAUGUGAUAACCGUAUAGUUAGCGUACGAAAUUGAACACACUGCACUUGUUUGUACGUCAGUGUUUACAUUUGUUUUUAGAGGUUAAGCCAGAAUAAACGACAGUUUAAUGUUUAUCAUUUCACAUCUGAAACCAAUGCAUUAGAAUCUUCAUUGACAUAAACAAUCAAAAAUGGAUCGAGGCAAAGCCAGUAUAGGCAGAGGUGGGAAAAGUAAAAUCGCUCAACACCCACCAGAUCUAUUUGCUCUUGGUACUAAAAACUCGCGCAGUGAAAGUUCAGAGUCUAAAAGACCAGGUGUAAUUCAUGGCAAACCAACAAAUUCAUCAUCUUCGGUCUCCAGCUCUGACCGUAAAAAGGAAGCUGCACCAGGAUCUUUGCAGUCGAUGAUACCACAGAAAAAACCAAAACUAGCAACACACACCCCACUUCCACGACCGCCGACGUCUAGCGCUGAAGCUUGGGAAGUUGUAGCAUUAGAUUGUGAUCCUUUUGAUUUAGUACCAAUGGUGCUCGAAGCCAGUGAUGCUGACGAGGGUGAUAAAGUAAUCGGUGUUGUAUGCGGUGCGAUAAGAACUCUUAAAAAUCAACGAUGGAAGCCUGAUACCUUAAUUUACAUGGGAUUAAUGUAUCUAGCCAAAAUACGUCCAUCUAUAUUCUCAAAUGAUUGUAUAUUACACGCCUUGUCCUCUCUAUUGAAACGUGAUCAAGCCCAUAACUUUAAAAGCAAGGGAAAUCCACUAGUACCCGUAUUAGCUGCUAAUUUAUUGAUGAGAGGGUUUCAUGAGAAGAAACAUUGGCCAGAAAUAUUCAUAAAGCUCUACAUCGAGGACGCGCUUGGCGAACGAGUCUGGGUCGAUCACGAAGAGUGCAAGGGUUUCACGGACAAUAUAUUAACUGGCUUUAACACGAGGCAUCCGCCGAAAAGUCUUAUACAACCGGAAUUAUCGGUAUUGACGCCUCGCGAUUGUCACAGCCCUUCGGUAAUGGAGGAUGAAGAUUCAGGCACAUCAACGAUACAAUAUCCCGGUGACAAGGAUAAAUCAGAGUUCACUGUGAGCCCGCGUUACGCAAAUUGUCUCGAAAAUAUCGAACAUAUAGUCCUUGAAGCGAUAAAGGAGCAACUGAAUCGUCGUCAACCAGAGUCCAUAACGAGAAAUUUUUUACGUUUAAUCUCGUAUGCUUGUGGCUUUGUGGAGAUAAGAAAUAUCGCUGUGCCACGUCUUGAGAUGUGGCUUCAUAAUCCAAAACUGAUGAAACCAGCACAAGAAUUAUUGUGCUAUAUAUGCUACAAUUGUACGACGCAUACGCAGCGUGACGUUGAAGUUAUAAGUCAAUUGGUGAAAAUAAGACUGAAGACAAAAGCUGUUAUAAAUUUGUAUUUGAACGGUGUGAAGGAACUCAUAGGUUUACACCCGGAGAAUUUGUCGACGAUAUUAAAACACACGAUUUACAAUGAAUUGUCAAACGCUCGGAAUCCAAAUAAUAUGCCAAUGCUCGCUGUCAUGUUUCAAAAUUCACCAGAACAAGCAGCCAAACUUUUGGCUGAAAUAUUUCAAGAUUUACUGAUGAAUCGGGAGGAUUAUUUACGUCCUUUAAGAGCACUUUUACGUGAGAUUGUACGCGUCUGUCGUCACGACAUAAGUCUCGUCACCAUGGCAAGAACGUUGAUGGCCGAACGACCAGAAAUUUCGCAACAGUUGAUCGGUUAUGAGUUCAAAGAACGGGUUUUCAUGGCGGUCGUUGAUUUACUUUGCCUCUGCAUGUUUCUUGGUAUAAGUCCGCAAGUCAAAGAAGCUGUCAAUUUAAUACAACGCGGUGACAAAAAAGAUAUCGAAGUUUUGCAUCAAUUUCAAGAGUUAGUCUCCAUCGUACAGUACGAAGCUAUCUCUUGGCUACAAACAUCCUCUUUCCAAAUUUACGGUGUCGGACGCAACGAGCUUCUUCAUGCUUUACACAAAAUUAUGCUCCUCGAACUGCCCGAACAGUAUUACAAAAUCGACAAUUGGCCCGCAGAAUGUGAUAGAGCUUUUUACUUCCGUCAAAUCACCGAAGUUCCUCUUCUCCAGACGACACUGCUGCGACUACUUCUCAUAGGGUUUUCGAAGGAAAAUGGUAUAACGCAUUCGGAGACCCUGGAUGUAGUCGAUCAACUUAUCCGUAGAGCAGCUGCGAACUCCAAUGAAUCUUUUCCAACUCUUCAAGCAGACAAGAUGGAUUUGAUUGAGCUCAUAUUCAAUCUUUGCGUUUAUCAGCCUCCUGGCUCGAUAAAUAUUCCGGCUGGCUACGUUCCCCCAACAUUGGCUAUAUCAAAUUUGUACUGGAAAGGAUGGCUAAUGUUGCUCAUUCUGGCAGCACAUAAUCCUUCGACCAUUGGUGCACACGCGUGGACAAGGUAUCCAAUUUUACGAACGCUCAUGGAGAUGUGCAUAACGAACCACUUUUCGUAUCCACCGCCGACGAUGGCACUUCCAGAAGUUAUCGAACAGGAAAGAACUAAAGAAUUGCAAGUGGAAGCUCUCGAAAAACAAGAGAUAUUGGAAUACGAGUCUCAUCUGGCAGCUGCAUCGACGAGAAUGCAAAUAUCGGAACAAACUAGUUUAUUGCUAUCGCAAUUGAUCACUAUGGACCCGACGGGAAUAGCGAGAAGACCUCCUCCCGCCGUUCUCGAGCAAUUACAAGGUCUAAAUUCCUCCCAUCGUCUCGGCCAUUUGCUCUGUCGUUCUCGAAAACCCGAUUUUCUCCUUGACAUAAUUCAACGACAGCAACAAAGUUCUUCGCAGAGUAUGCCCUGGCUCGCCGACCUCGUACAAAACAGUGAGAGUUCGCUGAGUCAAUUACCGGUUCAAUGUCUGUGCGAAUUUUUACUUUCUACGUCCGCUCAAGCGGUUGACAAACAACCGAGACAACAACAAUUGCUCGCACAUCUUCAAGCUCUUCUCACUGACCCGGACGAGGAUCAACAGCACGCUUAUGAAGUACUGGAAUACUUUUUAAGAAGAUUGAGCAGUCAGCAAAGCAGCAGUCGACUUCAAGCUAUCGCUGGCUUAAAACUUGUUCUUGAAUCUAUUCCGUUGGACGAUGAAAACAUGGAAGUUGACGGAGAAAGUGAAAAGGAAGUAUGGUUACUGAGAAAGUUACCUUCAAUACCGCACUUUCUCUCGGUACGUACGCUUGUUUCUACUGCGUUACGGGGAGCUUGCCAAGUCGAGAACAGUCCCGAUUUGGUUCGCGGUUACAUCGCUUUUCUCGCUGAGCACACCCAGCACGAUGAUCUACCGGAAUUAACAGAUUUAGCCAAUGAAAUAUCACAAUUGGUAGUUGAACGAAGUACGAUAACAGCAGCUAUAUUACCCGAGCCAGACAACGAUUGUCCUCAAGCUCGUCAGACCUUGAACGCUUUUAAGAGGAUAUUUUGCAAUUAUUUGGAAAAAGCACGUGCACCCCGGGGCGAAGGUUAUACUUGGUCGGAGAGUCAAGAUCAAAUAUUGGUUCAAUGGAGUACCGGUGAAGAGUGCACGAUGCAUAUACUCGUAGUUCAUGCAAUGAUAAUACUGCUGACUUAUGACGUGUCAGACGACGAAGGAUUAUUCAUGAAAUUACUGUCAACGUGGUUUCCGGAAAAUGCUGAGCCACCGAAAGCGUUCCUCGUUGAUACGAGCGAAGAAGCACUCCUCAUACCGGAUUGGCUAAAAUUACGAAUGAUACGGAGCAACGUACCCCGUCUCGUUGACGCCGCGCUCAAAGAUCUUGAGCCCCAACAGUUGGUAUUAUUUAUACAGAGUUUCGGUAUCCCCGUUUUAUCGAUGAGCAAAUUAUUGCACACCCUUGAUAUAGCGGUGCAAAUAGAUCCAGGCUCAGUCGGGGGUGCUGUUCUUGACAAGAUUUAUAUGGCGCAACUCGUUAAAGUUCAGCAUAGAAGAGGUGCCACAGGUGGUUUGGUAUUCGUCAACGUCCUACAGCUUCUCGAGCCACAGUUGCCCGAUGAGAAUAUUCCAGAAACGCUCAAUCUUCAAGAACCACUGCCGCCGAGUGCAACGGUACAAAAACAAUCGGUCAUUCAGUGCUCUGUCAAAACGGAAGUUCCACAUCUCAUUAAUCGUCUUUUUAUCGAGAACAUUACGAUGAAUUUGAAGAUUGAUGCUUAUCGUCGCUUGCACAAAACACUCGCCAAAGAUUUGCAAAAAUCAUCGAAAGAAAGCGGCGCCGUUGUACUCGCAAUACAACACAUUUGCAGCGUUCUUAGUUCCAUGCAAGUCAAACAGUUUCGUGACUCUCUUGUUCAUAUGCCACAAUUUUCGUGUACACUCAUGAGAGUCAUUUUGUUACCGUUGAAAAAGCCAACAACCUCGAAACAAGUCGUCGAGCUGGGACGCAAUAUGUGCCUUAAUCUUAUUUCCCUCAUUGGCGAUGUCAAUGCUCCAGUAUUAUCGAUACUUCGGGAUUUCGCGAAUUUACAUUUGAGUAACGCCCCUAGACGCAAAGAGCUCGUUGCGUUUACACAAAAUCGUGAACCCAGCACAAUUCUCGAAAAUACCGAUCCCUUGAAUCUUGAGGGCGUCGGGAGAAUGUUGCUCGAUAUUUGUCUCAAACAACAAAGAAAUGAUGCACUUGUCGAGGCCAUGGCUAAACUUCUCGUCUCCGACAGUAACGAGGGUGUUGUAAAACCACGGACUGGUUUACUCAUCGACUGGCUCGCUUCCAUCGAGCCUGAACUCAUCGGUACAUGCCCCAAUCUACAGAUGACGUUAUUAUUUGGUAAAACAAAAGUACAUGUCAAAAUCGAUGAUAGUAUUGUCAACUCGCACGCCUGCAGACCGUACUUGCUCACACUGCUGACCCACAGAGCUAGCUGGGCAACGCUACACAAAUGUGUUGGACAUUUGUUGGAAAAAUGUGAUGAUGGUUUUGAUCCUACCGCCGUUCUUGAUUUUCUUUGGGCCUUAACGUGCAACCCUAAACUCUGGCAAGGGCGUGACAAAUUUACACCGAAACAUUACGUUCCGGAAAAUAUUUUGCUCUUAUCGGAAAAGCAACUUCUCGUACUUGUUGCUUACGUCGUUGACGAGGCAACUAUCGUGAACGAACGACAGGGCAGAAACUCGGCUCUUACUCAAAUGGAAACGCGAUUGGACUUACUGCUACAUUGCAUCUCCACUGAAGAAAACAGGACUGCUAGCGUGGUCGAGUAUCUCAUUGAAAGAAUGUCAAACAAUGAUAAUGACUCACGGUCUGACAUGGCUCAUCAAUUUUUAUUAAAGCUUUAUAUGAAGAUUCCGAAAGUCAUAUGUUACCUCGACCGUUCGGAGACGAAAAAAUUUGUCGGCAAUGCCAGGAUCACUGAGUGGACGGGCUCGACACUCGAUUGCAUGAGUCACGCUCUUUUAACGGCUCUAACGGCAACUCCUCGUCAGAAAUCAUGGAUUAGCAAGUCGCAGGAUUUUGAGCUUUGCGCUCGAAAAAUGGCCGCUGUGCAUCCAAUAUUGGUACUACGACAACUUCCGAUGCUUGCGUCAUCGCUCACCGGUCGUUCGUACUUUGAUUUUUGCGACUUUCGUUCGGGCCAUCAUUUGAAUUUGUUUAUUCAAGUACUAGGAUUAUUGGAACUUUUGCAGCCUCAUUUGUUCAAUGAGGAACACAGGCCCGCUCUUGAGGAUACACUGGCAAAUUACUUCCAAUGUUUCCAGAAUUAUUCUCCGGGCAAGGAAUUGACGCCCUUGUUGAACAGAUUUAUCACAUUGUUGCAAGCUUACGUAGCUCACGACGCUCAACCGGCAUUGAAAUAUUUACACAAAAAUGUUCACGUCCUCCGCGAGAUACAGGCUCUCUAUCCCGGCUUACCGAACCUACGGGCUCUGGUCGCGAGUAUACCAGGCCCCAGAGAGGGCAACAAUGGUGAGGAAAUAUUUGUUACGGGUGCACCUGUCGCACCUGUAGAACCAGGAUUUCCAUCACAUUGGCCGUCGUUGAUUACAACUCUCAGCAAGAUUCAAGGCGACGAUGUGUACACAGCUUUACAGGAAAUUGACCAUCUUUCUUCGCGGAAACCAUCGGUGCUAGAGUUUGUCGUGGACAGUAUAGCUGAAUUGCUUGUAUCGCCACAAGGAAAUAUAAGAAGUCUGGCGCACAGUCUCCUUGCGAGGGCACUCAAGUAUCGACCUGCACCAAAUUUGAAUAUUUUGUCUGCUUUCCAGCGCUGCUUGGACAGCCCGAGAUCAGACGUGUUAAUGUCUGCAUUGGAUCGACUACCCGAAAUAUUACUUUGCAUGCAAGAACACGCGUUGCCACUAAUGCAAAAAGUUUUCGAGUUGGGCGUUAACUCAAACGUAAACACAAUUACACAUAUAAACAAAAGUAUUGCGUUGUUAAAUAUGCAACAAGGUUGCUGAAAAGUUUAUAUACUCGUUUUGACGAGAUAUCUAUUUGUUUUCUGUUUUGUAAAAAGUGAAGAUUGAAAUGGCGGAAGAAUUAACGUUGCAAAACGAUAAGUCAUUUUUGUACGGUUAUGAAACUAUUUUUAAUGACAUUACGUUCAUAUCUGGUAUCCUGAGAUUUAGGUCACCAACAUUUGGACAAAGUUUAUUACAAAUAAAAGUAUUAUUUGUGCUAAUCUCA